AUGCCAGACAUCACACUAUACUUCCUACAGGCCUCGCGUUCCAUCCGCACAGCCUGGCAACUCGAAGAACUAGGUUUGGACUAUAAAGUCGAAUUCUCAGAGCGCGAAAACGGAAAAGCACCCCAGCACUUCAAAGACAACUCUGGCGACGCAUUGGGGAAAUUUCCUCUACUCAAAGAUGGAGACUUGAUAGUAGGAGAAAGCGGCGCUAUAGCCGAGAUACCACAGNNAUAUCUUUGUGAAAAGUACGAUACCGAGAAUAAACUGCUUCCUAAAGAUGAGACUAUGCGUGUGCAGUGUUUGCGCUGGAUCCACGCAUCGGAAGCCACGUAUGCGCUGCAUGCGCUAGCUAUCCUCUACACGCGCUGGUUUGGCGCCGACAACCCCGCCGCCGCAGAGAAGAUGGAACAAGGCAUGUCCGUGAACGUGUGCAAAGAUAUGGAUUUCCUGGAAGCGGAGUUGGCAAAGAGCAAGGGCAAGUUCCUGGUCGGGGAUAGUGUCACAGCGGCAGACUGUAUGAUGUUGUUCUCCGCACAGUUUAUUCUGGCGAGGGAGCUGGGUACGAAGGGGAAGAAGUGGGAGAGGAUUGACAAGUGGAUUGCGGAUUGUGAGAGCACGGAGAGCUAUAAGCGUGCAGUCAAGAAGACAGGACACAGGCUGUAG